AUGAGCUUUACAAAGAAAAAAUGUGACCGUCCUUCUUCCUCGCAGGAACUGGGUAAUUUAGGGGAGCUAAACAAUGACAUUCCAUUUGAUGUGCUGUCUCGGUUGCCGACCAAGUACAUGCCACGAUUAAAGUGUGUUUGUAAAGGGUGGAACAGCCUUAUCUCGGACCCCAUUUUUAUGAAAGUUCAAUCCCAGAAGAAAGAACCAGUAUCAGGCUUCUUCUUCCAACAAAGAUAUAGAUGGUGCUACGAGGAAAACCCUACUGUAACCUACAUCCCUGUUAGAAAACAAGAUGCUGAAGCUGAGCUCUUUCUGACAGUGUUGGACUUCCUUCCUGAACAUGUUGUGGUGCUGUCUUCGAGCAACGGUCUGGUCUGCUGUCGCAGUUGCUUCCCUAGAGUAGAGCCUUGUUUCUACAUCUGCAACCCCUUGAACCAUGAAUGGAUGCGGCUAAAAUGGGAUGAACCUAAUAGAGAAGACAGCUUUGCUUUGGCAUUUGAUCCAUGUAAAGAUAUUUUAGACACAUCAACGAAGUUCAAACUUAUCAAAGUGAGGCAGAUCGAAACUGAAGCCGAUGUCUCGUGCUUCUCGUUCGACAUAUAUGCUUCGGAUACAGGGGCCUGGAAGAAAUCAGUGGAAUCCUGCAAGUGCAGCAGUAACCUUUACAGGAACAGUGGGGUGUAUGUGGAAGGGGUUUUCCACUGGCUGACUGAUGGUGAUGAAGUUCUUACCUUUCAUGUGGAGAUUGACCUUUCAUGGUUGGUAUCUGUUCCACUUCCAAAAGAGGAAUUCAGCAGCAUCCCUGAAGCAUGUAUAGGAGAUUCGGAUGGCAAGCUUCAUUACAUCCUGGUUUCUCAACAUGGACUUCAAGUGUGGUGUCUCGACGAUUACUUUGAAUGCGGGUGGUCCUUGAAGAUCUCGAAAACACUCGAGGAAAUCGAAGAACAACAUGCACAGUUCCUUUACAAUUUGCGCGAGAGAGUAACACAAAGGCUGUCUGUUGAAAUGGAACCGUGGAUUGAUCUUUUAGCCUUCAAAGAUGGCUAUUUACUAAUGAGAGUAUCUCUGAAGAUCAUGCUAUACAAUAUCGAGACAAACACAUUGCAACUGGUUUGCUCCAUUUCCAAGUUGGGUACUGAUUCCACCUUUUGCACAGUUCUUCCUUAUUCACUCAGCUUGGUUCCCUUGAAUUGCAAGUAA